UUUUGGGGCUCGGGGUCGGGCCCAGGGGGAGCCGCCACCAUUGCGUCCAACGAGUGGAGCGCCAACGGUAGCCCAGAAGAUGGGCUGGACGGGGAAAACGAGGACAAGGCCAUUGACGGGGACGCCGAGGGCGUGUGGAGCCCGGACAUCGAGCAGAGCUUCCAGGAGGCCCUCGCCAUCUACCCUCCAUGUGGCAGGAGGAAAAUCAUCCUGUCGGAUGAGGGGAAGAUGUAUGGUCGCAACGAAUUGAUAGCGAGGUACAUCAAGCUGAGGACGGGCAAAACCCGCACAAGAAAACAGGUGUCUAGUCACAUACAGGUGUUAGCACGGAAGAAGGUUCGUGAAUACCAGGCGGGUAUAAAGGUUUCUAGCCACUUGCAGGUUCUCGCCCGGAGAAAAUCUCGCGAGAUCCAGUCAAAGCUAAAGGCAAUGAAUUUGGAUCAGGCGUCUAAGGACAAAGCCCUGCAGAACAUGGCAGCACUGUCGUCUGCACAGAUCGUCUCCCCGAGUAUGAUAAAGAAUCACCUUCCACCACUGCCUCCUGCCCACUACCAACCACCCAGAUUCUGGCCUUCUCUCGCGGGACAAGCUGGACCCUCUCAGGAGCUGAUUCUAGAUCUCAACCCGGGAAGGACUCCUGGGCUUGGCCGCACCAGCCAUGCUCUCAAACCGUUUGCACAGCCCCCGUACCCGAGCCUGUCAGGUCCUAUACCACAAUCCAUACCAAGUUAUGAGCCUUUGGCACCUCCUCCUCCUCCAUCUGCUACUGCUGUGCCGGUGUGGCAGGACCGGACCAUCGCCUCCUCUAAGCUGCGGAUGCUGGAGUACUCGGCCUUCAUGGAGGUCCAGAGAGACCCAGACAACUACAGCAAACACCUGUUUGUCCACAUUGGACAGACCAACCCCUCGUACAGCGACCCGCUCCUCGAGGCCGUGGACAUCCGGCAGAUCUACGACAAGUUCCCCGAGAAGAAGGGCGGGCUCAAAGAGCUUUAUGAGAAAGGACCUCAGAAUGCUUUCUUCCUAGUAAAAUUCUGGGCCGACCUGAACAGCAGCGGCAUGCAGGACGGCCCCGGUUCUUUCUACGGCGUGAGCAGCCAAUACAGCAGCCUCGAGAACAUGACGAUCACGGUGUCGACCAAAGUCUGCUCGUUUGGCAAGCAGGUUGUCGAGAAGGUAGAGACAGAAUACGCCCGCCUGGAGGGAGGAAGGUGUGUUUACAGGAUCCACCGCUCUCCUAUGUGCGAGUACAUGAUCAACUUUAUCCACAAACUCAAACACUUGCCCGAAAAAUACAUGAUGAACAGUGUUCUUGAAAACUUCACCAUCCUACAGGUGGUGACGAACCGCGACACCCACGAGACCUUGCUCUGUAUAGCGUUUGUUUUUGAGGUUUCCACGAGUGAACAUGGAGCUCAGUAUCACGUCUACAGACUUGUUAAAGACUAACGGCUCCUCGGGGAGUUUUUUUUUUUUGGAGAAGCCAGACUAAAGCGUGACACAAUCUCACUUCGACCAGCUCAACCAUCCAGGAAAAAAAACAAACAACAACAACAAAAAAACAUUCAAACAAUGCCCGACCGAGCUCACAUGGACACAUUUUCUGCUUUUAAAAAGUCUUGUUUGCAAGGAGAAAAAAAAAAA